AAAGUCGAAGGCGGCGGCGGCGGCGGCGCCUGAGGCCCCGCGCUGGAGGAUUUAAAAUUUAGUUUUUUUUCAAAAAAAAUGUCUCUAAAAUGUUCAUUGUUUCCACUCUCAUCGAUCCCGCAAGAUAUCUGACGACGACGACUACGACAACAACAACGGCCAAGUGCACCUUGAGGCCACGUGAAGUGUCGAAAGCCCGCUGGCAGGAGGUCACGGGGCAGACCCAGGUGCCACUGGUCGACUGACCGAGAUGACCGAGAUGACUGGCUGAUGCACCACCUGUGCCCCCUACUGUGCCAACUUGCUGUGCUUUAGCCACCCGGCGCUCCGCUCGUUGUUGUAUGAGCCGCCCUUCGUCAGCCGGGGGCGGCAAAAGCGGCGGUGGAGGAAACAAGCAGAGCCAGGCCACGACGUCGUCGGGUCUUGCACCAUGCGGCAGCGGCGGCAGCAGCAGCAGCGGCAGCAGCAGCGCCGGCAACUCCACCUCGUCCCCUCUUCACUCGGGCUCGCAACAGCAGCAGCAGCAACAGCAGCAGCAGCAGCUUCAGGGGCAGCAGCAUCAACAACAACAACAUCAUCAGCAGCAGCAGCAGCAAGGGCACGAGCUGACGGCGCUCUUCGAAUGCCCCGUGUGCUUUGACUAUGUCCUGCCGCCGAUCUUGCAGUGCCAGUCGGGCCACCUGGUGUGCAACUCGUGCAGGCAGAAGCUCUCCUGCUGCCCAACAUGCCGGGGACCGCUGUCGCCCAGCAUCCGCAACCUGGCCAUGGAGAAGGUGGCCUCAACAGUGGCGUUUCCCUGCAAGUACGCCCCGUCGGGCUGCGCGCUGGCGCUGCACCACUCGGAGAAGCCGGAGCACGAGGAGCAGUGCGAGUUCCGCCCCUACCCGUGCCCCUGCCCCGGCGCCUCCUGCAAGUGGCAGGGGCCCCUGGAGAGCGUCAUGCCCCACCUGGCCACCUCGCACAAGUCCAUCACCACGCUGCAGGGGGAAGACAUCGUUUUCCUGGCGACGGACAUCGACCUGCCCGGCGCGGUGGACUGGGUGAUGAUGCAGUCGUGCUUCGGACACCACUUCCUGCUGGUCCUGGAGAAGCAGGAGAGGUACGAGGGCCACCAGCAGUUCUUCGCCGCGGUGCUCCUGGUGGGCUCGCGCAAGCAGGCCGAGGGCUUCGCCUACCGCCUGGAGCUCAACGGCAACCGGCGGCGGCUGAGCUGGGAGGCGGUGCCGCGCUCCAUCCACGAGGGCGUCUCCUCCGCCAUCCUCAACAGCGACUGCCUCGUCUUCGACGCAGCCGUGGCGCACCUCUUCGCCGACGGCGGCAACCUCGGCAUCAACGUCACCAUCUCCAUGUGCUGACGUUGGGGGUGGUGGGGGAGGAGGAGGAGGGGAGUGGUGGUGGCGGUGGAGGUGGUUAAGGUGAGAGAAACUUGUAACGCCCGCCCGCCUGCUGCUCCGCGCGCGCGCUCGCUGUCAAACCGCGCCGCCAACUUGAAAGGAAUAUGAAGGGAAAAAGAAAAAACGAUUUGAAGUCGAAUCGGACGCUACGCCGACUGCUGGAGAUUGUUUUUGACGAGGACGGCCGCGAGGAACGCCGUCCUGCUACGGCGUGAAGGAAUAAAAACGUCGAAUCGAUUCGUCGUCUGCGGCUGCGGCGGCGGCGGCUGCUUCGUCAAUUUACAGAUCCUGUCGGCGGUAAACCGCGUGGCGGCGAAUGAAUUAUAAAAAAGAAAAUUCGGACGCCGCCAACUUUGAACUCGAAUCUGUCCCGAGCGAGCGAAACGAGCUUGCGGGCAACUUGCGGACGGCGCAACUCGGCGACGCGAUGGGAGGGGCACGCUCUCGGCCGGAGGCGCUCGCCCACCCCGCCAAGGCUGGCCAGUAACAGCAGCACACACUGGAGGACGAUGGGAAUGGACGAUGGUGCACGCGUGUGCGUGCGUGCACGCUUGCCGGACUUCAUAAGUGCCGCUCGCUAACGACACUUUGCCCACCCCCCCCCUACCCUACAGUCCGUUGAGGCUAUCCCGGGAAGAUCUGUGUCUUGUGUGUGUGCGCACGCUCGUGAUAUCUCCUUUUUAAGAUUAAGCUUUUUUUUUCCGUCGCCACGCCCUCCCCCCCCCUCCUUCUUCCGUAACGUUUUAUCCUUUUAAUUGUCAUUUUGUUUUCGUUACUUUUACGGACGCACGAAGGCAACGGACGCCAGCGAACGGUCGGCGUGCUUAUUUGUGAUUUGGCGUGAGAGGAUGAAAGUAAAACAAAAAAAUACAAACACAGGAGAUGACCCCCGCGAAACCGGUCGUGAAGUGACUGUGGUCGUUGAGCGAGCGUCGGGAACGCACGUUUAAAGGCUCGUUUCGUUACGAUAGCAUCGAGAUCAAACGCACUUCAUAAUAUUUAAACGAUGGAUAUUAACGCGUAAAGAUACGACGUUAGAAGCACGUAAUGUUACAAGAGACACGGUUAAUCGAUGCAUUCAUUCAUAUUCGCUGCACCUACAGCAGCCCGUCGUCGUUGACAGGGAGGAACCGGGUGGGUAAGUUAACGCCCGGCGCUCUUUAACACGGAGUAGACUUUCGCGACCAAUACCAUCCAUAACACAGGUUUUUUUGGGUUGGAUCGCGUAAAUAUAUAAAUGUGUUAAACCCGCCACCACCCGACACGGCCAAUUAGUGAAGGUUUGUCUCGUAAACAGAACGUGCCAAUUCGUCACCAGUACAGCAUGCCGCUUGUGUGUUGGAGAGCCAAGCCACAACAUUUACCACGACGUUUCGCCAGUAAUUACAACUAGCUGCAUCAGGCGGCGUGCUGUACUCGUAACGAAUUGGCAGGUUCUGUUUACGUGACGAACCUUAAAUUUCGAUUUAAAGCUUUCGUGACUGCAGGGAUUCAUCUUCUUGGUUCUUUCGGUAAAGUCGCGUAGAAGGGAAAUAAUAAAGUAAUAAAAUAAAAGAUAAUAAAAUAAUUCUCACGACGUUUCGGCCACAACGCAAGCAGCCGUCCUCAGGUGGAGAACAGGUCUGUCGAGAAGACUCUGUCUAUUAUUUUAUUAAGAAGGUGACAAACCUUACUAAUUGGCCGUGUCGGGUGAUGGUGGUUUGAACGACACAACAUUUAUAUAUUUACGCGAUCUCACCCAAAAAACUGAACCUGUAUUAUGCACUGCGCUCUGCGUGAAGGCCCGUCAAGUUUGGCGAUGAGUUGCGCUAACGAGCGGGGGGCGUGGGGGGGGGGGGCGUGCUCGUUUAGGGGGCUUCUGCGAUUUCUUACAGCAGUCGACCCACGGGUGAAUGAAAUAUUUAAUUGGGUUGGGGGGGGGGGUCCUGCAUUUAUUAUUCUAUCAGAUAUACAAAUGCCGGGCCCCCAUUGCGAGCACACGCACUUACACACCGUCAACUUAGCCAAUCCACUGCUGGAUGACGGUGGGCCCUCCCGCGGGACUCGUUUGAUUGUGGGUUGUUUGUACGCCACCGAUUCUAACUAUUUUGUUAUUUUACCACCCAGAAGACGUCCCGGGUGUGUGCGCGCGUAAUGUGUGUCCGUCGCGCGCGCGUGUGCGCGUCACGCUUGCACGUCGCGUAUGUUGACUCAGCUGUGAGUAACCCAGCCGGAAAUGGGUAUCCGUUGUAAUUUAUAUGAUGCAACACGUUCCUUCCGAGUGGGCAGGUAGGAACUUGCUUGGAAAGCGCAUUCGGGCGGCGCGUCACGUGGUGCUGAGCCCGCCCGAAGCGCUCUAUGAAAUACAAAUCGAGGGCGUGGCUAUGCACGACAGACAGACAGACAAAUAAUCCCUGGUGGGCAGUGUGGAACUGUUGUUCCUAGCUGUAUUAACCUCGCUCUGGUCCUCACACCUCAUUGACGACGCCACAUUUAUCCCUCCCCGGCUAUUUAAGACCGAAGCAGGAGGAAGAUUUCUCCACAACUCUGCGGCAGCAGUCGCAAACGGGUUUUGAUUCCGUACCUGUACCCUUACCCGGCCGCACCAGGGUCGCAAACGGGUACCCGUACCCGGCCGUACCCGUACCCUACCCGUACCCGGCCGGGUACGGGUAGGGUACGGGUAUCGGGUACCUGAUUGCGACCUCUGGGAUGAAGCCACGUUGCAGGCGCGGGUGGGUUGAUUCUAGGAACUUGAAUUGUGAAAAGAGACAAGACGUUCGGAAAUGAGUGACAAACGGUUACUCACCAGUGACUCACGGCCUACCCGUACCCGUACCCAGCCGCACCAGGGUCGCAAACGGCUACCCGUAUCCGGCCGGGUACGGGUAGCCGGGUAUCGGGUAGGGUACGGGUAUCGGGUACCCGGUUGCGACCUCUGCUCUGCGGCUGUCCGCCUGAUGACGAUGGUUGUCGUAAUUACUCGCGACACGUCGCUAUACUCGAAUUGUAAAUGCGGUGGGUUUUGGCUCUCAACACACAACCGGUGUGCUGAACUAGCAAUGAUUUGGCACGUUCAGUUUACGUGACAAUCCUUGCUAAUCGGCCGUGUCGGGUGGUGGCAGGUUUAACGACACGGUUAUAUGUACGUGAUGCAACCCAACAAAAAAAAACCCUCUUGCAGUUAAUUAGCAAGCGCGCAACGAGGAUGGCGAGACCAAAACGCGCUGGUGCACGCUUCCCCGGAAACAACGAGCGGGUCAUCACCGAGCUUAAAUUUCGAUUUAAAGCUUUCGUGACUGCAGGGAUUCAUCUUCUUGGUUCUUUCGGUAAAGUCACGU